UGCGGUCCCUCCCUGAGUACAGACCUCGUGGUGAACUAUCUCCGACUCAGCCAUAUUGAAAUAUUGAAUGUCUCUGUUACACAAGGGCUCAAGAGUAGCCGUGAAAUUUUCGCGUGAUCCUCGACGAAGAGAGGAUAAAAUACAUCAUGGAAAAUAUGUACAGCAUUGCCGUUACCAACAAAUUCUCGUUAGCGUUGGGUGAUGACGAAGAUCCACAUGAGAAGCUGAGAGAAGAGGAACUAAAGAAGGAAGCUAGGAAAAAGGAGAAGCUUUCGGAGAAGGAGAAUAAGAGUAAGCAGCCAGAUGCACAAAAAGGAACCGCUAAUAAAACGCAAAAAAACCGCGUAAUCAAAGAUUCCCAGCAACAAGCGUCUAAGGUGCAAGAUUCAAAGAAAGAUCAAGGGGAGAAGAAACCACCACAAUCAAGAACUGGUGGGGGAGAUCGUAAUGUAAAAUUUUCUGGAGAAAGUAGAGAAGAACGCAACAACAGGCGUAACCGUGAAGAUGGUGAAAGAAUGCCUCGUGGUCAGGGAGAAUUAAGACGAGGACCUCCUGGUGAGGGACGUGAAACUCGGGAAUUCCGAAAUUCUAAUGAUAAUCAACGUGGAGAAUAUGGAGAACGUAGGGGUCGUGGUGGAAUGCGUGGUGGAAUGGUACGUGGACGUGGGGGACCACGCGGUCGUGGAGGAUACGAUUAUCGUGGAAAACGUGAAUUCGAUCGUCAGUCUGGUUCCGAUAAAACUGGAAUUAAACCAGUAGAUAAAAAAGAUGGUGCUGGUAGCCAUAACUGGGGUACCCACAAUGAUGAAAUUGAAGAAAGUUUGAAUCAAGAAAGUCAAGAUUGGGCUAAUGAAAAACCUGAUGGAGAUGUCAACCAAACGACCACAGAGACGAAGGAAGGAGAAGCAACUACUGAUACAGUGGAAGAAAAACCAGUUGAGGAAGAAUCGCGUGAAUUGACAUUGGAUGAAUGGAAAGCUUUACGUAAUAACAGAGUGAAGCCUCAAUAUAAUUUGCGUAAGGCUGGAGAAGGUGAAGAUUUGACUCGCUGGAAGAAAAUGUAUGCACUUGAAAGGAAGAAAGAGGGAGCUGAUGAGGAAGAUGAGGAAGAGGAAGAGUAUGAUGCCGCAGCAGAGUAUCCUCAACGUGUUGGAAGGCAAAAACGCGUGUUAGGAAUUGAGAUACAAUUCAGUGAUUAUCGACGUGGUUCUGGUGGACGUGGUCGAGGACGAGGUCGUGGAGAACGUGCAAACGGUCGUGGAUUUGGCAACCGUGGUGCUCCUAGAGAUGGAGACACACGUGGGCCUGCUUCACAAUCUGAACAAAGGUCGCCUCGGGGACGUCAAAAUGCUCCAAAAGUAGAUGAUGAGAAUGAUUUUCCUUCAUUGGGAUAGGUGGUUUCGCUUGACGUCUGCAAUGCAAUAUCCCACCAUUACCACCAGCAUCAGUACUACUACCACAGAUAAAAUUACCACUAAUACUAAAACUAUUACUAUCAAUAUUUUUGCGUCAGUGACAACGUUAUUAAUGCAUACAGUACACCCUUGCAAAAUGAGAUACGUAAUUUACCUAAAUAAAUCGUAGCGCUUUGAAUGCGCUCUUACAUAUUGGCACGUUAAACAUACACAUAAGAUGUCGCAUGAUAUGAAACCAUGUAGAUCACAAUCCUUUUUUGUACUUGUAAUAACUUAGUUUGUCCGUAACUAGUUUCAAAGACUAGUUCACAGAUGAACAGUUAAGAAUGAGGCUGGAUAUUCAUGGACUUGUUAAAUAAUCAUAAAACUUGACUACUAGACAAAGAAUAUG